AAUACCUUAACGAAUGACAAAUGUCAUGAUUCAAAAUAACCAGGCAUAACCAUUCAUAUAUGUAACAGGCAUUACAGUUCCUUUUACCUAAAAGAUACACUUUGAAUUAAGUGACAGCAAUCAAAAUGUCCUCGCUUUGUAGCCUAUUUAUCUAGUUGUGUAGACCUGCUUGACUGAUCCAGGUCUACCAUAUCUGUUUCGUCAUACUGUUAACGGUCACCUAAAAGCUUGUUCGGUCCAUGCGUACAGUCACGUGUGGGUUACAUUACACUGGUGUUAUGGAUACUGCAGUUGCAUUGCGUGCGGGCCUGGCGUCAACCCCAAAGUAUCUUCCUGUUUGGUACCGCUACGACAAGGCAGGCUCCGUCUACAACGACAGAUGUCUCUCUGAAAACACCUACUACUACUUUUACAAGUCAGAGAUAUCCAUUCUCGAACGUCAUAUAAAGGAAAUAUUACCUAAAGGAUCUGGUGUUCCGGAUCUUGUUGACAUGGGCAGUGGCAAUAGUGAGAAAACUCGACUAUUUAUCGACUCCCUACUUCAGAGACACGGCCGUGUGAAAUACACACCGGUUGAUAUAUCAGAGGAAUUUCUUGCCGAGACUUCGAAGCAAUUAUCUGAGAUUUAUGGAAGCAAGUUAUCCAUUGAUAGCAUCCCGGGGGAUUAUGACGUGGGAAUACAGCGACUGAGAAAUAUGUCGGGGAGCAAGGUUAUCACGUGGCUUGGAGGUGGAUUCCAGAACCAAAGUUAUGAGGACCAAAUACGCCGGUUGAAGUUGUUGUCGAAUGUUAUGACAGACAGAUGUCGGCUAAUCGUAAGUCUUGAUGUAUCACAAGAUAAAGAACAGAUAGAAAACGCAUACCUCGAUCCCACAGGAAUAUCGCAAGACCUGUACCUCAAUGCAGUAUGGCGCCUGAAUAGGGAGUAUGGCUGUGCAAUCAGCACGGACACUUUAGUUCUCGAAGCAGAGUAUGUGCACAGUGAUAUACCAGAGGAGACUAGCUACGUCACCGUCUACGGAGAAUCUCUAGAGCAUCAGGUCCACCAUAUAGCCGGUCUAGGAAUUACCAUAGAUCUAGCGAAGGAAGAGAGACUUUAUUUACACGAAGGUAAAGGAGUGAGCUGUAAAUACAACAUUAACCAGAUACGUACGCUAGGUUCAUGUGGGGGACUGCACUUAGAAAACUACUGGACUGACACUGACAACCACGUGGCUGUCUGUUGUUUCUCCGCUCAGAAGCCAAAAUGACAACCACAUAUUAUAGUGGGUUGGCUAACUGUAUGUAAAUGAUCGUUAUACUACACUGAUACAAACAUUUUGACAACAUUUGCGAGCUAUUAGGAUAGGUUGUUUUAUAUACAUGUAUUGAUUUAUACUACGUGUACAUUUAGGUAUUAUGACAUAUGUAUAUUUGAUAUAAUAACUGACACUUUACACUAUGCAUAUCUUUAAUAUCGAUCAUAAGAUUAUUGAGGUCUUGUCAGGGUCAGUAUAUAUAUUUAGAAAUGUUUAGCUCUGUGAAAGAAUUUUGAACUUUACCACAAUACGCAUGGCUAAUAUACCUCAGGCAGUCAGAUUUAACAUAACAAAACUAGGAAAAAGUAUAACUAAACAUUGAUAGAUGAAGAAAUAUAUUAGAUAAAACACCUAGAAAUAAAAGAACAUGUAAAUCUCAAACCAAAUGUAUUGAAAUUGAAUGAUGUUUCAAAGUUAUAAAUCACCGCGACAAGAGUUAAUCAAAGUGUGCGAUUAAAAGAGUUACGUAACAAAGAAGUCUUUACUUAAGAGCGUAAUCAAUAUUUAUGAUCGGUAGCUGGAGACAAGAAAAAAGUUUCCUUUGACAUGAGAGAAAUUGCUUUGAACAUUUUUCGUAAUGAUGAUUAUACUCACCUUUUAUUAUCUAAUUUUAUAAAUUAAUAACGAAAAUAUCUUUAUAUUAUCUACAUGUACAUUGCAAACAAGAAUAACAAGCAAAACGUGUACGAAAUAUGGAUGAUGUGAAAGCUAAUAAAUAUAUUAUCUAAUGUGUCUAACGUACGUCUUAUAUACUUUACAUGGCUAGCACAAUUUAUUUUCGGCCAUGCUUCGUCGGUAUGUUGUGACAUUGUAGGAUGACAAUGACGUUACAUUCAGUUUUCAAAUGUUUUGUGGGAAAACAGGUUACUAGCCUAAGUGUUUGUUUUACUGCUUUCUAUGUGUAUCCCUUUAUUGCCAUCCUAAUGUAACUAAAGAUACGGUACGGCUAUUCUAUCGGCGUAUGUAGCGGAUAUCACUGGUGCAGUCUAUUUGUUAACAUUGGUGUUUACUUUUGAGAUGACCGGAUGACGGGGAGUUACUGGAAGAGAUUCUGGGCCCACUGCGCGUACACUUUAGAUUAAGCCAGUCACAUAGGGCCAGGACGCUGGGGUAUAAAAGAGGAUACACGGGCAAAAUCGGGGACUUGCGUGGCCGGAAUGCCGGCUAUAUCAGGAAGGGGAAAACUCUUCCACCGAGGCGCUGAAAACAGUGUUACCGAUGUACUGAAAACAGUACACCCACGUUAGGGAACGUUAGGAUAAGGAAGUGUUCCUGGAGGGGGUGUUUUUCACCGUUAUAUGUAUAGAGUAGUACAAUUAUCAAUAUAGGCCUUAUUUUACCACGCGGGGCUGAUAUACAUGUACCGUAUAUAGGUUUAGUAAACAUUCAUUAUUUUUAUGCACUGUAGGUUUUGUUCUGUCUUUUAUACUGUAUACUGUUUUAAAUGUACGUAUUGUUUGCCAUGUUUUAACGGCUACCUUAGCCGUGUGAUGUGUAAUCAACGUUAGUAACUUUGAAACAAGGUGUUGAUUGGUAUAUAACUCGGAUCAUCCUUCACAUCUACGGACGCAGCUGGACGUUCUUGGGGAUUUCCGCGGGUCAGUUUGUCGGUAGUUUUGGGGGAAACCGAAAUUACUAUACGGUCACUUUCAUCUAUCGACGCUGGACAGGCUCUACCCACGGUUGUCCUAUUACAGUUUAUUAAACUGAAACUAAUUGAUGUAGAAGACCUAACUAGUUUUAGCAAGUUUACGGUUAUAUUCAAAGUAGUAAGUUUCUAAAGUAUUAAUCAGGUUUGGUCUCGACGGACUUCACUGUUUUUCUCAGUCGGGAAUACAACAAAUGAUGUUAAAAGUGAGAUUGCAACCAAUGGUGGCAGAAGGGGAAAAACACUUCACAAUUUGUUAGACGUAGAGACGCUACCAAUGGUGUCAGAUGUGGAAUAGCUAUAUACAUAUGAGCACUUGUCCAAACCUCAUACCACUGAGACCAAAGACAAAUGAUCUUUUCGAAAUAAAUGUGGUUUAGACAGGUUAAGUUUAAAUAGGUAUUUACAAAAUUGGACCUACAAUAAGCUUUGUUCCUCGAAGGUUUACACGUUAGAGUAUGUACACUAUUAUGUACAACAUUUGAUAUAGCGCCCUAUCUAGCUAGAAUAAGCCACUCUAAAGCACU